AUGUCGGUGGCGUUCCCACGAGUCAGCCCCGCCCCGUUUCACUGCAAGGAGAAGAGGACGAUGGCGGAAGUCAACGCCUCGCCGCUCAAGCAUUUCGUCACAGCCAAGAAGAAGAUCAAUGGAAUAUUUGAGCAGCUGGGGGCCUACAUCAGGGAGAGCGCGUCCUUCCUGGAAGAUGCUCACAGAAACGAGGACCUGGACCCGGUUACCGCAGAGGAGCAGGUCCAGGAGGUGCGGGGUUUCCUCAGCAAGGUGGCAGGGAUCGGAGAAGUGCUCGCCCGUCGCCACAUGAAGGUGGUCUUCUUUGGAAGGACCAGUAAUGGGAAAAGCACAGUCAUCAAUGCCAUGCUGUGUGACAAAGUCCUGCCAUCUGGAAUCGGACAUACCACCAACUGCUUCCUGAGGGUGGAGGGCACAGACGGCAGUGAGGGCUUUCUCCUCACCGAGGGCUCGGAGGAAAAGAAGAGCAUUAAGACGGUCAACCAGCUGGCCCACGCUCUCCAUCAGGACCAGGACCUGGACGCUGGCAGCCUGGUAUGCGUCAUGUGGCCCAAAGUCAAGUGUGCCCUGCUCAGAGAUGACCUGGUACUGGUUGACAGCCCAGGGAUCGACGUGACCACCGAAUUGGACAGCUGGAUCGACAAGUUCUGCCUGGAUGCGGACGUGUUUGUUCUAGUGGCAAACUCUGAGUCCACCCUGAUGCAGACGGAGAAGUCUUUCUUCCACAAGGUCAACGAGCGUCUCUCCAGCCCCAACAUUUUCAUUCUCAACAACCGCUGGGACGCCUCAGCCUCUGAGCCCGAGUACAUGGACGAGGUUCGCCGGCAGCACAUGGACCGCUGCAGCAACUUCCUGGUGGAGGAGCUGGGUGUGGUUGACCGGGCCCAGGCCAGUGACCGCAUCUUCUUUGUUUCUGCCAAAGAGGUGCUGCAGGCCCGCAUGCAGAGGGUGCAGGGCAUGCCUGAAGCAGGUGGAGCUCUUGCUGAAGGAUUUCAAGCCAGAAUGUUUGAGUUCCAGAACUUUGAAAGGCGAUUUGAGGAGUGCAUUUCUCAGUCGGCGGUAAAGACCAAGUUUGAGCAACACACAGUGAGGGCCAAGCAGAUCUCUGAAGCUCUGCGCCGAAUCAUGGACUCUGUGCACGUGGCUGCCCAGGAACAGAGAGUCUACUGCCUGGAGACUAAAGAGGACCGACAGGACCGGCUGGAGUUCAUAGACAAGCAACUUGACUUGUUGACAACGGACUGUAAGAGCAAGAUCAAGAAGAUCACAGAGGAGGUGGAGAGGCAGGUCUCCAAUGCCAUGGCAGAGGAGAUCCGGAAGCUCUACGUUCUGGUGGAUGACUUCCACAUGGACUUCCAUCCAUCUGCAGUGGUGCUGAAGGUCUACAAAAAUGAGCUCCAUCGACACAUAGAGGAGGGUCUGGGGAAGAACAUGUCUGAGAGAUGCUCCUCCUCCAUCAGCAGCGCCCUGCAGGCCACACAGGCCGACAUGAUCGAGGGUCUGAAGCCUCUGCUGCCUUCCACGCUCAGAGACCAGGUGGAAAAGAUGGUUCCUCGGCAGUGUUUCAGCCUCACCUACGACCUGGCCUGUGACAAACUCUGCAGUGACUUCCAGGAGGACAUCAGCUUCCACUUCUCUCUGGGCUGGACCAUGCUGGUGAACCGUUUCUUGGGCCCUAAGAACACACGGCGGGCCCUCAUGGGCUACAGCGACCAGGUUCCUCGGCCCAUGGCUCUGACUCCAGUCAGCAGCAGCAUGCCGCCGUUUCCACAGAGUGCCAUGACUCAGGAAGAGCUAAUGGUUUCUAUGGUAACCGGGCUGGCUUCACUGACAUCUCGUACCUCAAUGGGCGUCCUCGUGGUUGGUGGUGUGAUCUGGAAGGCAGUGGGCUGGCGGCUGAUCGCUCUGUCACUCGGUCUGUACGGCCUGCUGUACGUCUAUGAGCGGCUGACCUGGACCACCAAAGCCAAAGAGAGGGCCUUCAAGAGGCAGUUCGUAGACUACGCCAGUGAGAAGCUGCAGCUGAUUGUCAGCUACACCGGUUCCAACUGCAGCCACCAAGUCCAGCAGGAGCUGGCGGGCGUAUUUGCACAGCUCUGCCAACAGGUGGACAUCACCCGCCAGAACCUGGAAGAUGAGAUCCAAGACAUGAACAGCAAGAUUGAACUGCUGGACAACCUUCAGAGCAGGGCCAAGCUGCUGCGGAACAAGGCCGGCUGGUUGGACAGCGAGCUGAACAUGUUCACUCAGCAGUACCUGCAGCACAGCAAGUGAUGCACCUGACCCGCCUGUGGAGGGGGGCAGAGCUUAUUCUGCCCCAUCCAGCUUCUGACUUUUGCUCUAAUGUAAUGCCUCUGAUUGGUCGUCUCGAUUUCAAAAAUAAAGAACCACGAUGGGAAAGGUGUAUCUGUGCUGGUGUUCCGCCUCACACAAACCAUCCUCCUCUGCCGCUGAUGUCCUCUAAGGCUCUCAGGUAAAGCCUUAGUCACAUGCUAAGGCGUGUGAGAGUGGACCCGUACGGGAGCUGUGGGUUUUUGGGGUGUCUGGGCCUGUGGGGGGGUCAUAGAGAGGGGCAGCUGCACCUUAAGGGGAGCGCAGGUGUGUCUUGCAGUUCUCUUCAGGCUCGUACGGCCACCUAGGGACGACAUGAAAACGGAACGUACCAUUGUUGUGUGUUAAGUGUAUUGUGAGGUGUUUGUAAGAAUAGUGUGCCUCUAUGCCACACUAGUCGUUAGCAAGCUCAAUUAGCACCCGCACAGGGUGUGCACGUCAUACACAAGUGUAUAGGAUGCCCACGCUAACUGUACUCUAAGUUGUUUUCUCAGCAAUCAAGUAGGAGACCACGCUAAUCACAUGAAAGCAAUCACUUGCAUGGUGAGCAAAUAGGAUCAUAAAGCACCAGAAAAUUACUGUAAACAAUGUAAUAAAAGUUGUAGAUUUAUGAGCAUCUUUUGUUCUUCAGAGACUGACAAAGAGCUUUACCUACUAGAACUUGAGCAAUAUGCUGUGUUCUAUCUUAUGAAUUGCAUGUCAUAAAUGGCAUUCUUGCGUGUUCUUCAAUGCUGUUCUGUUGCAUUAAUGUAUGAAAAUCAACAUUUUGUUUGAAUUAAAAAGUGAAACCCAUGA